UGCUCCCCGGCGUCCCAUCAUCGCCACCUCACCUACCGCUACCCCCCCCCUUCGUCAACGCCGCCCAAGGGCGGGGUAGCGAAGAUUCUGAGCGCCGCUUUUAGAAUUCCUAGCGCGCUUGCGCGAGGGCUCGCUCCGGGUUGGCCGUCGGCGGUCACGCGGGCGGCGUCUCGGCCAACGGGGCGCCGCGUAGCCACAGCGCAACGCUUAAGCGCGCGAUGGUUUACAAAGCCGGGCCGCGGCUGACAUUUUCGUUGGCGUGAAAAGGGGGAAAAAAAAGCGAUUGCCGUUCUGGAUUUUUUUUGUUUGCCGCGCGUUUAAAGUCGACAUAAUGGCGAGCCCAGCCAAGGAGAACUACCGGAUGAGAAGCUACAAAAACAAGGCGCUGAAUCCGCAGGAGAUGCGGCGACGGCGUGAGGAGGAGGGCAUUCAGCUGCGCAAGCAAAAGCGAGAGCAGCAGCUGUUCAAGCGUAGAAAUGUGGAUAUUCCCAAUGAGGAUGUCUCAAUGGACAAUGGAAUCCAAGAUCCCUCCGUCACCACCACCAUACCUGGGGAGUUCUCGGUCAUCACGAUUGAAAUGCUGCAGAUGAUUUUUUCUGACGACCCCGAGCAUCAGCUUGCCGCCACGCAAAAGUUCAGAAAGCUCCUCUCUAAAGAGCCCAACCCCCCGAUCGACGAGGUAAUCGUCUCGCCCGGCGUGGUGCCUCGCUUCGUUGAGUUCCUCAAGAGGAGGGAAAACUGCACGCUGCAGUUCGAGGCUGCGUGGGCGCUGACUAACAUCGCCUCGGGGACAUCGACGCAGACGCGGGUGGUGAUCACGGCCGGCGCCGUGCCCAUCUUCAUCACGCUGCUCUCCUCUGACUUUGAGGACGUGCAGGAGCAGGCCGUGUGGGCGCUGGGAAACAUCGCCGGAGACAGCCCCGAGUGCCGCGACUACGUCCUCGAGUGUGGCAUCCUCGCGCCGUUGCUGCAGCUGCUCACCAAGUCGAACCGCCUGACAAUGACGCGGAACGCAGUGUGGGCGCUCUCCAACCUCUGCCGUGGAAAGAACCCCCCGCCAGACUUUGCCAAGGUGUCUCCGUGCCUGAACGUGCUGUCGCGCUUGCUGUACAGCACCGACACGGACAUCCUAGCAGACGCCUGCUGGGCGCUCAGCUACCUGUCGGAUGGCCCCAACGACAAGAUCCAGGCGGUGAUUGACUCGGGCGUGUGCCGUCGCCUCGUUGAACUGCUCAUGCACACGGACGUGAAGGUGGUGUCUCCCGCCCUGCGCGCUGUCGGAAACAUCGUGACGGGAGACGACAUGCAGACACAGGUGAUACUGAACUGCUCGGCGCUGCCCUGUCUGCUGCAUCUGCUUAGCAAUCCCAAGGAGUCGAUCAAAAAGGAGGCCUGCUGGACCAUCUCCAAUAUUACAGCCGGCAGCCGGGCCCAGAUACAGGCGGUCAUCGAUGCCAACAUCUUCCCGGUGCUGAUCGAGAUCCUGCAAAAGGCGGAGUUCCGAACGCGCAAAGAAGCAGCCUGGGCCAUCACUAACGCCACAUCCGGUGGCACCCCUGAGCAGAUCCGGUUUCUGGUGGAGCAGGGCUGCAUCAAGCCGCUGUGCGACCUGCUCACCGUGAUGGAUGCCAAGAUCGUGCAGGUGGCUCUCAACGGCCUGGAAAACAUCCUGAAGCUGGGCGAGCAGGAGGCACGGCAGGACAAUCUGGGCAUCAACCCCUACUGCGCCACAAUCGAGGAGGCAUACGGCCUGGACAAGAUCGAGUUCCUGCAAUCGCACGAGAACCAGGAGAUUUACCAGAAGGCGUACGACCUGAUCGAGCGCUAUUUCGGCUCGGAGGAGGAGGACGGGGAGAUCGCUCCGCAGGUGGAUGAAAACCAGCAGCAGUUCCUCUUCCACCCCCAGCCACAGGCGCCCAUGGGCGGCUUCCAGCUCUGAACCGCUCGCCCCCCGCCGGUCCGGUCCGUCCGUCCGUCCGUCUGCUCGCCCGUCCACCCUCUCCGCCCCCCAUCCCCCCCCCCCCCCCCCCCCCCCCAGAAACUCUCCUUCCCUACCCCGUAGUGAGCGAGCGAUGGCUGCUGUCAUUAAAAGUGGCUUCUUGCCCCGCCCCAACAAAACCCCACCCCGUCCCUCAACGUGUGCCAUGGAUAAGGUAGCGUUGGGAUAAAGCGGACGGCGCCGUCGAGGGUUGCGGCGCCGUCUAAAACGAGAGACGACGAUGUUUGAGUGAGCGCGCGCGCGAGAGAGAGCGAGCGAGCGAGGGUGUUGCUGUGAGCGAGUUGGCGUGGGUGUUGAGCCGAGACAUUUGCCGCGCGACGGGAGAGAGGAUUCGGCGCCCGCGUUUUACGCGAUUCGGGCCGUUUACGUGGUGGAGUAGCGGGGGGGAGGGGGGGGGUCUUUAGCGCUUUAACAACUGCCGGCCCCCCCCCCCACCCCCCGAUGGUUGGGCAAGCAAAAACUUUGCUGCCCGUUUGGGCCGCCACCCCUCCUCUGCCGCCCGUACCCCCAUGCGCGCGCAAAGUCUGUGAGCUGAUGGUGUUGGGCUAUAAGCGGCAUUGGCUUUUCCCACAUGCUGUGCAUAAAGUCCUCUGCUUUAGUUGUGCCUGUAGAUGAAACUAUAAGCUGGGAGCCUCAGCCGUCAGGGAGGAGUGUAAACCCGAGUGUUUCCGCUGUGAAGUCUGACCUUCCCCGAUCCCCUUUUAUCCCAAAUUCCCGCCCCCCCCCCCCCCCCCACACACCAAUGCCAUCCCCCACCCCACUCUCUUUUUUCCCCUCUUCCCUUUAAAACCUUACUGCAUUGUGUGUGUUUUUUUGUUGUUGCAAGUAGUGAAAACAUUUGCGAGCAGUUGGUUAAGCAACAAACAAACUAAACAAGUAGCUGCGAAAGAAAAAAAAAAAUCAGAACUAAUUAUAACCACGAUAUCACUUGAGUGUUUGAGUGUCCCCACUGCAAUUGUGCGAAGCGUGCGAGCGCUACGUGUUGUCGACACAGGGCAACCCCCGUGUAGGGAUAGAGUACAGCCUUGUGAACCAAACGGUACUCGCUCGCCGUCCCUUAACCUCCCCCGUACCCGCUCCCCCCACACACAAUCACACGCGGUGGGGAUUAGAGCAUUGCGGCUGCGUUCUCGCUGCCCAUCAUCCCAUGUGAACGAUCGCCCAGCGCUUCGAAACGGCCGCGGUGUGCCGUAGUGUGCGGUGCCACCCACCAUCGCGCUAUCCCGGUUCGGCCUUCUCACUUGCCCGCGAUCCCCACCAUCUCCAAACCCAGCGAAAAUAAUCUUGCAAAAUAACCAACUCUCCACGCAUGGUGAAUGGUUAUAUAUUUUUCACACUUGGUGGCUGCAUCCAUUCCCUUUUGGCCUUUGCGCAGGGAUGGGGGAGCACACCGUGGGUGGGUGGGCUAUGCGACCGUGAGUUUGUUUUGCUGUUCCUCCGUUGUUUUUUCGGCUCCUUCUUGGUGGGUUUUUUUUUGGCGCAGACCUUUGGGCUGCCUGGCUGCCCACAAGGGCCGCGUCGGAGUGGGCGAGCUGCGACCUACGUGCAAAUUUGUGACCCCGAAAUCAUUUCUUCUCAGGAGCCCCAUGGCCUCCCAGUCUCGACCAGCCAAUAGUCUCUGUCCAUUGCUUCAUACAGACAGAUCUAUUUGCACACACGAACACACGGACAGCUGUAUUUCUUUGUUCCUCUCAAAUAGUCCAUUAGCUUUGAAGGUACUGUUGUUUGGUGGUUCAAACAUCAUCCUUACAAAUAAAAAAAGCAAACAAUGUUCCAUGGUUUGCGAUGCACAUUUGAUGCAUUGAGGCCACCCUAAAUUGGGGCGGAGGGGGGGGGGGGUUUGUGCAGGUGGGCGAGUCACCGUGCAGUGCUGUGACUGCGUGCAUGUUCCUUUCCUUUAUUUUCCCCUCGUAUUUCUUUAAACGGGUGUUCUUUUAACGUAGUCAUAGCAGCAGCAGCCGCCCAAUAAUAUCUUCACCCGCGCAGCAACUGCCACCCCUGCCCAAGGGAAGAACCAUUUUGACAAUACAGAGGGGGGGUGCCCCCCCUUCCUCCCCACCAGCGACCCUGCUGGCAAAUUUCCGAAGGGUGUGUGGCGUUGGAAACGAUGAUUGAAAAACAUUUGCGCUGUGCGAAUCCCCCCAUGGCACUCCCAGGCACACUUUCGAGGGAGGUGCAGUCACAUGGCCCAAGCUGCUGUCAGAAACAGGUCAGGGCUGCCCCCCCCCCCCCCCUUGCUCGCACACACAGAGACGACGGUUCCCUCAGCAGCGGGAAGUUCAAAGUGAGGGUGGAGAAAGUGGUCGCUCGUUUUGUGUGUUCCAGUGGUGAGUCCGUUGAUAGGACAUCCACUGUUGGCUAUCUCACAGAAGUACUAUUUUAGUUGACCCCAUUUGGGAUGGACUGCACCAACGACCCUCAAUGAGGAUUUGAACUUGUAACACUGGCAUCCAUUCACAUUGAGCCACGUGGUUGGAUCCCCCCUCCCCCACUCCUAUAACAAGUGUGGUUCUAUCGAUUACUGGGGUGCACGUCCCUGUCUGCAACCCCCGGGCCCCUUUGCGGCCAUUGUAAGGGCAGCAGGUCCGCAGUAGAGAUUUUAAUUUUGAGCCGCUCUUUUCGCCCCGUGACGUCGACACAGAGCGUGUAGGCGGUGCAACUGCACCGGGGCCCUUGGGUCGGAGGGAGGGCCCAGGUUACAAAGUGGGGAGAAUAUUUGGGCAGAGUGUAUGGGGUGGCCGGGUCACAUCAUCAUUCCUUGCGCCAAGGCACAAGGCAACCCAGCUAUGCCGCUGGUAAUGCCAGGCUGUGUUUGCUGAUGCCAGGGAAAUCUGCGCGGCCAAUUCGAAACUCGUAGGAAAAUCCUGUUUCUGAAAGUCAAUCGGGCAGUGUGAAUGCACCUCUUCCUUAACCCUUGGCUUCAAAAAGCUGUGCCUCCUUUGUGCGUUGUGGUCUUCGACUGCUGUCCACCCACAUCGUCAUAACCGCAUGUGUUGGGUUAUUUUUUUAGUUUACGUUUUAUUCCGCUCACUCCUUUCCUACCCAAUCCGUGUUUUGUUUUUUCCUCUCGUUCUUCAAUACAUUAAAAGUGUACAUUAUAUAAAUAAUUUAUAAAACAAAUCUGUCUCAUUAUGUAGGCUUAUUUUGCAUCUUGUGCAGCCAAAUGUAUAAAAAAAAUAUUUGUAAAUUUAGAAGGGAGUGGUAUUUGAGCAAAGACAUGCUGGGGUCUUAAAAAUAAAGUAAAAAUUAUAAUUGCGUGGGGAUAGAAAAUAUCCUCCGAUUAUUUAUCACCGUUGUGUGUUUAAAAAAUACUCAUUGGCUAGUACGUAACCCACAAGCCAAUUGGUGCAAUUUUAAGGUGUUUGCCAUAAGGUGCACACAUACAUGAGAGGUAAGCGAUUUUUAAAUUGUCAACUUGGUUUGGCACUACCUCCCGCCCAUUAAAUCGAUCUCUUAAAUAUAAACGCUCAUUAACAAAUCUCCUUCUGCGCUGGUCGGAAAGAGUCCCCGGUCGUGCCAGUUCAGUUGGGUCUUAGGCGCAAAGGGUUGAACCAACUCAGCACAACCACCCCCCACCCACGCUUUCCCAUUAUUUUUGUAAACGUUUAAAUUUAUGUAGACAAGUGACUAGAGGUUUAAACAAGAGGUAGAAUUGUCCACUGAUUAUCUACACUGGCUUGAGAGCUAAUUUUUUUGUGAUUGUAGCCUUCAAACAGCACUGCUGAACAAACCAGUUUUGCACUAAGCUAUCAUUCACCUUACAUUCAUGUAGGAGUUUCAAAGCAGUGAACGCUUGCAGCUUUUAAUUAUGUUAAAGCAGUAGGGUUUUUUUCUUUAUUGCAUGAAAACCAUACCUGGUCAGCUUCUGCUGAAUUUGAAAAAUGACAGCGUAGUUUGCUUGGGUAGAACUACAGCCAAAACAACAUUACACCAUUUCAAGUAAUAGUAUUUGGGUUUUUGGGUUCUUCAUAAACCCUCUGCCAAACACAGUGAUGUUGGCGUUUAAUUCGAUCAUACAUCCAACACUGCUCUAACAGUGGUAGGAUGGUGUCUUUUAUAUUUGUCAAGCCCAUCAUGUCUGGGCACAUUAAUUGCCAAUCGGGCUGUACAUUUUUCAAUUAUUCAGCCUUCUGCAUCGUGUCUGGAUUCGGAAUUGCUGUCUCUAUGUUGGGUCUAUCUACCUCUUCUCAAAUGCUCUCAAACUGUGACCUAAACUGUUUUGCUCUUUGCUUUGAAGACAUAAAGCUAUGAAACUAGUAAACAAAAAUAGCAUUGAUAUAAUUCUAAAACAAGUGGGGGGAAAAAUAUAAAAAAAAAAUGUUUAAAAAGUGACAUUUAGCAGAAGCUGUUAAGGUUGUAUUAUUCUUGUGAUGCUCUGAUUGGGUUUAAGCUUCAAACUUGUGCUGAUUUUGUGUAAGAAUUUGAUUUCUUUUGCCCCUUUUUCCUUCGUGUUUAUUUUUUAGUCCCUUUAUUUCCGGCGUAGAUAUACUCGCCGAUGGGUCUUACCUUUAAGAAAAAUGCAUAAGAAGAAAAUUGUAUGUAAAAAAUAAGGGAAUAAGAAAGGUUUAGAAACCAAGUUAGUUUUAAGCCCUGGUAGAGAUGUAGUCUGCCUGUGCAGACGCACAACAGCACCGCGACCCGCAGAAUCACAACCCAACCAAGGAAUCGACCCGCAAGAGACACUUUCGCGCAAAUUUAACAAAAUAAUAAUUAUCAAGGACCAACCCAAUCCCAAGCUGUCGUUUAUACAACCCCCCCCCUUCUCUCACCGAAACCGGGCCACCUUGGUGGAAAUUGAGCGGUAGGCUGGGCAGGUUCCUUGUUGGACGAUGGGUUCUGCGCGGCGUGUGGGAGGAGGCAGCAGCGAGUGUUUGUUGUGUCGGUAAUUAAUUAUUGCGGUUCGCAUCAUUAGUACUCUGGGCCGCGGCUUUGUUGGGAUGGACACACGCAGGACUCUGUGACGGGUCGCCGGCUUGAGUGUUUUGAGCUCGGCAGAACGGUUUGGCAAAAACCUUAAUUUUUUUUCCACCAAAUUUUUUGUUUUUUAAGAUGCGUAUGACAACGAUGGGGUAAAAAAAAAAACAGCGGGGCGUUAACACUGCUAAAUCUGUUGCGGGCAUGUUUACGUUUGCCCGUGAAAGGCCCGGAAUAAAGCACGCUGUUCAACCAAAUUGUCUCAUGGUCACCUCCGCCCCCCGCCCUAACCCCACCGCACUGUUUUUCUCGGCCACCGUAAUCGGCGCCAACCCCCCCCCCCCCCCAACGCGCGCCCCCCCUCCCGGCCGUGGUUGACGGGUCGAGGAGGUAGACGUGGUGGGAGGUGAGGGGUGGGGGGCGGCCGCUGCCCAGUUGGCACGCACACGGCGGCGGCGGCAGAAUUGGGAGAGGCCGCGAUUGACGUCCCAAUGCCCCCAGGGGCCACGGCGUCUCCGCCAAGUCCUCGCGCUUACCUCCGUCACCCGCUUUGCGUGCCCGCUUAUGGGUGUUGCUCUUGUUUCGGCUGACGUGGGGGGGCGGGGGUGUUAUUUUAUUUUGUUGUUCCUGCCCCCCCCCCCCCCCCCACCAGGAUUUUGUUGAUCUGCGGCUAGCGACACGACCACCGAGGUCCUUGAGUGUGUGUGGGCCCCAGCAAACCCCAUCCCCCAACUUUAUUAAGUCGUUAAGUGUAACUCGUUAUAAGGAAUCUCAAAAUGUUAAUGUGAAUAUUUGUAAGGCCACCUUGCCAGGAAGGAUUUCACGACCGAGGGGGGUUCAAAAUUAAACUUAACUGGAUAAAUGAACUUUUUGUUAAAUAAUGCUGGCAGAAAUUAGUCGAUGCAAAAAUGUAUAUUUUUGCAUUCAAAGCGUAUUGAAGAGAAAAAAAAUACCGUAUAUACUGCAAUUUUAUAAAUGGUUCUUACGUUUUGUUAACGUACCUUUUGCUCAUGCUGAAGAAUUGGCAAAAGUUUCAGAUUAUAAAACACCAAGUCUUUAAACUAUUUACAUCUAUGACCAUGCCAUUGCUGUAAUUGCUACUACAAUGUCUUUUUUUACCAAUAUUGUGUUUAUUUGAUCUCUUUGCAUAAAUGUAAGCCAGUACAAAUAUCAUUUUUCAGGAAUCACAUAAAAGUAGCACAUGAUUGAAAUUUAUAAUUGGAACGCGGUAUUUUAGUUUUCGACUUGAUUUAUGUUGUAUAAAUAUUUGUAGUAUUUAUAUCGUUAAAUAUUCAAUUUGCAUUUUAUUUUAAUAUCAAAAGAAUAAUGAGACAUGAACUUAAAAAUUGUCAUCGAUUAGCCUAUAGCGUUAAAUUGUAUUUGCCGAAUCCAGUAAGAAGGGGUAGGUGAAUUGAGUCCCUUUUUUUCGAUGGAUAGGAGAAAAAGUUUGCUCGAUUCUGGGGAAUGGGUCUCCUGGCAAGGUGAUGCAUGCACGCACACGCACACACUUUGUCCCUUGGUACCGUUUUUCCUGGGACGCGCGCACACGCACACAUCACACGCGCACACAUACAGUCGCAUGCCGACUGGACGGCCCCCGUUCAAGAGGCUUUUGCUGGAAAAUUGAGUGCCCAAUUAAAAAAAAAUAUAUAAGCUUAUUAUCUCAAGUUCCUUCCCAGUUAGCGGCGGCUGCCGUGCCGUUCCCUUUCCAAAUUUGCAGCCCGUUCCGCGCGUUUAAAUAUAAUAACAUUUCUUUGACAUAAAACAGUUGUGUGGCACAUUACGAUCUAUCUGCAGACUGCUGCUUUUUUUUAAUUUCCGGAACAAAUUCUGUUUAUGGAAAAAGUAAUAGGAACAUUGCUCUGGCCUGUACGCUACAGUUCUCGGCAGUAUUUAUUUUUAUAAUCUUGUUUACAUUUUUUUGGCGCUGCGAUCUUGGCAGAGGAGCCGCCACAACCGGCGGACAAGGCAAUUUGCAAACUCCUGCCGUCUCGAAGUCGGGAACGGCAGAAAUAAAUAAAAGGGGCGGCAUGAAUGGGGGCCGGUCGCUUCUCAGUUUCCUGCGAAAGCCAGCGUUUGAACGGAGGAUACCAAACGGAGAACAACCCCGCGACUUGUGCUGACGUUCCGUGUGUGUGCGAGUGAGAGGGAGUGAAUGCUGGACUGACUUUUGAUUGAUUGGCUGUGGCUUUGCAGACUUAAAAAAGGAAAAAAAACUAUCUCUUACCCCCCACCCACCACCCCACCCCACCCCUUAAGCCUAGAUUGACCGCAGUGGUCCGCAGUAUCGGUGUGGCAUUAUGCACAUGUUUCAGUACUUUAAUGCAGGAAGUUACUGACAAGCGUCAGUUGUUCAUUGUUUGUCUCUCCUAGGAUAAAAGCUGUGGAAAGCUUUAGCCGGAGGGACAAGUGGCCCAUGUUGCUGUCCCUAAUUUUUUUUUGGGCUCGGCGUUUCCUGGCGCACAGGGCCAUGCUUUGGGGGGGGGGGGGGAUAGUCUGGCUUCAUCUUUGCGUUUAUUUGCCGUGGUCAAAUUGUGCUGCGCUUUUUGGCGACGCAAUACAAUAACAAAGAACUGCAUUCACGCACACACUUGCGUGUUUGGCCAGGAUGCGCAAGUUUCCACGGGCCUUAGUUAUUGUUUUAGUCGAUAACAUCGAGAAGAUGCAUAUAUACUAUACAUAUAUAUUGGCGUUACGCACGCUGUCGGUUAUCGGGAACCCAACGUUGAGAGCAAAGAGCGUGAUCUGCAUUGCAGCUUGGGAGUCGCGUUGCAAAUUGUAGUCGCAAUGCAGGUUGGGCAGUUUGAGUGACAGGUUCCGACACCAUUUAGUGUGACAACUAAGCGAGCAUUGUUGACUUGUUGAGCUUGAAAUGUUAGCAUAUUCUCGCCUCACAAAUGACUACGGAAUCGUUGCAAUAUCACGUCAAGAAGUAUGCACUGUGCACGUAAACCAGCCUACGUAGUGUCUCGUCCGCAUCUUCCGUUCACGUGGUGUGUCUUUCCGUCGUCUCAUUCGCGUCACAUGUUUUGUACGAACAGUGUCCGCAAGCACGGCAAUAUUUGCCUGCUGGUGGUGGUGAAUUCCACUUGGACGUUGAGAUAUGUAUUCUUUGGGUCUUUCGGUAAAGUCACUGAGAUAGGUUCAAAGAAAAUAACAAAAAACGACGUUUCGAUCGCAACACAAAGCGGUCAUCUGCUUGAGAUUUUGGCUGUGUGUGUACCCUAGCCACCUGGCAGGGUUUCCUUUGAUGUUUAUUUUUCGUUGUAAUCAGAAAAAAAAGUUUCUUUCGAUUUUCUUUUCCACCUCUGUACGCGUGAAAGUGUUUGAGCCAUGGUUGUUAGCCAAACAUAUCCCUGAUAACUGCAUCGAUAAUCGGGUCAAGCCGUUGCCCCCCCCCCCCCAAGAGGUCCGAGACUUCUCCACUGGACGUGAUUGUGUUCUCUCUGCUGGUGCAGACACCCAAAAAACUCAAAGACAUGCGACGUAAUAACUGGAACUGGCGAGCUUAACUGGGACACGGUUUGCACGGAUGGAAGUUGCCACUGCACGCGUCCAUUGUUGCCUACUUGAGGCGAAUUCCGGCGUGGUCCGUGCCUGGGUUUCUUUUUUGCCGUGCAGCGGGUAAAUUUUGAUGUCUCUCCAUCAUCAUCAUCAUCUCUGCUCUCCCGUUUCUCACCGAGGCUGUGGAAGGGUUCAUUGUGGCCGGUGACAUUGUUCACUCAAGUGUGUUUAGGUAAGCCACAGGUGUCUCGUCUUUUCCACCCAAGGUAAGUUUUUUUUUCUUUAUAAUUUCGACUUAUCAAAUGUGUUGAUGAAUGUGUGUGUUUGCACAUGUUAGAGGUGACGUAACUGGCAUUCAGUGACUGCUAUUGUACAAACUGCUUCAUUUUUUUAAAGGAUUUUUUUCACACCACACGGCCCUUAUAAAAAGGCGCGCGCACCUGCUUAGAACGUGCGGCAAAACAAGUGAUAACAACAAGCAAUAAUCGGACCUCUUAACCAAUUCUCUGAAAUGCCCAUUUAUUAAAUGUUUGAUUCUAACUAAGUUGAGCAGGUUUGGGCACUUAACAAUAACUGCGCGUGCCUCAGCCGCAAGGCCGGUGUCAGUCUUGAUAAACAAUAGCACCGAUAGGGCAGUUUAGAUGCACGCUUUUUUUGUCAUUGGAUUUCUAAGCGGGGAAAAAUCUUUCCUUCCCUUGUCCAUUGUAAACCAGCAAAGCAAACAAAAAAAACAGGGUAAUUGAAAACAAUACCGCAAACGGGGCAUGGGUGGAAAAAGUCUGCGUUCAUCGAUUUGACGUGAAAUUCUACGUUUUGUUUCUACUGCAGAAAAAAACAAGCCAUUUAUUUUCUUCAUAAUCACUAUUCUCUACUUGUGUCCAACUCAAAGGAGGCCUUUGUCAAGUAACGUGAAACCUAUAUAUUCUUAUUUGUUAUACAUUGAAUUAUAUUUUCAUUUUCUAAUUGUGCAAUGUGGCUAAAGAAAAUUCCGAUUUUGGCGAAAAAAGCGGAUUCUACGAAAUCUCCCAAGUCACUAGGGUCACUCGAGUGUGCACAAUGCACACUUAGGUGCAGAUGUAGAUUUCUAAAGGAAAGCGGCAAUUGUGCUUCAAACUAUUGAAAAAGUGCUAUUUUAAUAAUUUAAAAUAAUACAGGAAAAAAAUAACUAACAGCUGUAUGCAAAUUAGCUGAGGCUUUGAUGGCCGAAUUGAAACAACAUGAAGUCGGGCAGCUUUAACUGGCUUGAGGUUGCCGCGGGAAUAUUUAAACUCGGAAUACGCUCUCGAACCAAACUUUGCUGUAUUGAAAUUAAUAAAUAAGUAAAGGACCUGUCAAAAGCGGCGAGUGACCCCCCCCUCCCGGGUUCGACACCGGAGCGCGAGUCCGGCGUGUGACCUCCCUCGGCCCCUUUCCCUUCUCGACAUGCCCCCCAUCCCAUCCCCGUUUACACUCAGCAGCAACGUGCCAUGGAUCGUGCGCUAUUUUAAAUGUUUUUGCCUCCGCAGGUACAAACCUCACUUUUCUGUGCAAUACAUUGUUUCCUCAUCCCCUCGGCUUCACGACGUUGGCUUUUUUUAUGCCUUUUUACCGUAACCUCAGAGUAGCGUGUUGUCGCUCAUGACUUGUUCCGAUUUUUAUUUCAUUUUUUUUUUCCUUUUUUAUCCGUAGGAUCUGUUUACUGGUUUUUCCUGAAUCGGCUUUAAAAAAAAAGUGUUACAUUGCAGAUGGAAUGUCGGCAGAUAUAUUUUUCUUGGGUGCCGACUAAAAGCGUGCGCGAUUUCUUUUCCUUUACGAAUAAUAAUAAUACUGUAUUUUGGGGCACACGCCAAGGCUUAAGUUAAUUUUCGUCACGUGGCUCUAUUAUGCGAUGUUUCUGUGACAACCACGCGUUGCAAUACGAGAGAAAAUUUAAUCUUAAACAGCCAAGAGUGUUCACCUCUGCCGCAAAGGCUGGCUUUCUUCCAAUAAAGCUAAUCUAUUUAUUUGGUUUAUAUUUUUAAAACAGCACUUCAUUUGUACCUACAAAACUUGAACGAUCUCUACCAUUUUGUACGCUGCGUAUGGCCGCCAGCUGGUGCAGAGAUUUGACAGACUGAAGACGUUUGCAUUGACUUUUAAGGAGUGCUGUCUGGAGAGGUGUGAGUGAGUUGACAUACGUAAAUAUUGAAAAAUAUAAAGUACACGAACACGACUCGCAGACAUACACAACUACAAAGAAAUUUCAUUUUGUUACUUGUAUUAUGGUUUUUCCUGUUUAACAUGUAAAAUUGUAACCAUUUAAAAGCGAUAAUAAAAGUCUUCAGUUACAAACA